CGACAAUGCCUCACGCAACGACGGCAGCGUACCCACCAGCCAUAGGCGGCGCAUCACUCAUGGUCUCGUUCCGCAUGCGAGGCAAGGCCACUCUGAUCAUCGGCGCAGACCAUCUCGCAGCCUCUCGGGCCUUUGCAGCUCUCGAGGCAGGCUCUCGCGUAAUCGUACUAGUCGCUGGAGGUCUGGCGGCCGCAUGCCCCGAGCUCCGCUGGCGCGCCGAACAGCAGCAGCUCACCAUCCUCGACUGGGACACCCUCCCCGCCCCCUCAUGGAUAACCUCCUCCUCGGCCGAAGACAUCCGCAUCGCCGCUCUCGACGCCCUUAUCGCGCACGAUUUCUUCAUCGCCCUCGUCUGCGUCACAGACACCCUCCUCUCUUCUCCUUCUUCCCGGCCGUACGCUUCCGCCGCGCGUAUCCAUACCACCUGCACCUCCCGCCGUGUGCCGGUAAACGUCGCAGACCAUCCUGCACUCUGCGACGUCACCUUCCCCUCGACGCACCGCUUCGUCGAUCACGCUACCGGCGAACCGACACCGCUCCAGCUCGCUGUCAGCGCCUCGGAGAGAGGGUGCAGGAUCGCAGGCCGCAUACGGCGCGAGGCCGUCGCGCGCCUGCCGAGAGAGGUCGGCGGGGCGAUGGCUAAAGUGGCGAUGCUGAGGGACCUCGCGAAGGCGGAAGACACGAGCGGAUCGACAUCGCUCGCCUUAGCUCAGGCAGAUACUACACUCCAAAACGGGGGAAUAGGGCCAGCGGCCGACGACAGCGAAGAAGCAAGCGCGAGCACACCAAACCGCCCCGUGCCCUCGCGCGUACCAAGCGGUGCUGAAACGCGCACGGAUGCUGCGCGGCGGCGCAUGAAAUGGGUCGCGCAGGUGAGCGAGUACUGGGCGCUCGAGCGGCUCGCUGCGCUGCGCGAGGACGAGAUGCGCGCGGUGCUCUCGGGGGAAGACGUUCUCCCCUCCCUAUGCUCCACACCCCCCGCCCCCGGCACCAGCGCUACCCCAGAAGCGCACCCAUCCACCUCAACCGCAACCGCACCCUCCUCGCCACACUCCCUCGUCCUCUCCCCACCCCCCACCGCCAAACCCAAAAAAGGCCGCAUCCUCCUCGUCGGCUCCGGCCCGGGCCACCCCGCGCUGCUGACGAUCGCGACACGCGACGCGCUCAUGAAGCACGCGGACCUCGUGCUCUCGGACAAGCUCGUCCCCGCGGCAGUGCUCGCGCUCAUCCCUGCGCACAUCGAAGUGCGCAUCGCGCGCAAGUUCCCGGGCAACGCCGAGGGCGCACAGCGCGAGCUCAUGGACGCCGCCGUCGAAGGCGCGCGCAGGGGGCUGUGUGUCGUCAGAUUGAAGCAAGGCGACGUGACGGUGUACGCGCGCGCCUCCGAAGAGGUCUUCCACUUCCGCGCCGCGGGCUUCGAGCCGCUCCUCAUCCCCGGCGUGUCCUCCGCGCUCGCGGCGCCCACGAUGGCGGGCAUGCCCGUCACGCAGCGCGGCGUCGCCGAGUCCUUUGUCGUGUGCACCGCCGUGUCCCGCGCGGGGCGCAAGUCCGCGUUGCCGCCGUACGUGCGAUCCAGGACGCUGGUGAUAUUGAUGGGCGUGGCGAGGCUCCCCGAGGUGCUCAGAGAUCUCAGGGAGAGGGACGAUGGUGCGGAAUAUCCAGGGCAUCUGCCGAUUGCGAUUAUUGAGCGGGGGAGUAUGCCAGACCAGCGCGCGAUUGUGUCGACGCUCGAGCACAUUCAGGAGGCUCUGGAGAGCGCGGGAGAGCAAAGGCCGCCUGGGAUGAUGCUCGUGGGCUGGGCAGCGUUUGCACUCGAGGGAAGCGAGGAGGUGAAUGUGCUCGACGAUGACGUGGACUCUGGUGCUGUCGACGGGAAGGCAAACGGCGAUAUUGAUGCGAGCAAAGCGGAGACGAGAGAUGAAAGGGAUAAGCAGCGGAUCUCAACCGAUCACGAAGCAUGUGUUGCCCUCGAGGGUGGGCACUUCUUGAUGAUAAGUCAAUUCCCGACCCGAAUUAUGAGUGCAAACGACUCGGAUUUGCAACUGAUUGCGGAGGUCCCAUGUCAGAUUGGUGCCCUUCAUUCAGAAGGCCUGUCCCGCUCCGAGGGUCCCCCACUGCUUCCCCCCGAGCUCCUCGCAGCGAUAUUUCAGCUCACCAUCGAGGACAACAACUCUCGGACGUAUGGCGUCGCGAAACAAUCGACCGUACUCAAGCUCGGCCAGCUAUCCAUCUCUGGCUCGGUUUUCCGCUAUCUCCUUGAGCCGCUCACAGAGCUGUCCCUGCUAUACGAUCCCACCCGGCUACCCAGAACCGAGCUCAAUCAGUCCGCGCUGCAGGACAUCCUCGCGCACACGCCAAACAUCAUAAUAUGCAACCUCGGCCUCACGGGUGACCUCAAAUGGCCUGAUCACAGUAAACCUGCGAUCGCACUUCCACACCUCACAACUCGCCGUCUCCGGCUCACGUCGGACAUCGCGAUGUUGCCCCAUUUUAUGGGCCAAAUCAAGGUGCCGCAGCUCAAGACGCUCGAGAUCGACACCGUUGCACCGGGCGGGUUGAACCAGGUGAACACCACAAUCGUGAUUGGGCUUCUUGCCAGGCUCAUUUCCAAGAAUGGGUGCCAGCUCAAGGAACUGGUUGUGAGGAGGAUGAACGUGCCGAGCAAGAUGAUCGUCCGGUUGCUUGACAAGUGUCCUGCGUUGGAGACUCUCGUUCUCGACGCGUCCUGGGGAUCAGACGUGAUUCGGGAGGUUGUGGUGCGGCUGCAGGUGGACUUGAAGCAGGCUUCUCAGCCUUUAUGGCUCUCGCGACUACGCAGACUCGAGUUAGGCUGCGCGUACCGGGAUGCGCCUUUGGUGGAUCUCCGGAUCAUGGUCGAGACACGAGCCAGUAUGAUGGCUCGUGGAGAUAAGGAAUUACAGGUUUUCAAGUUCACAGCUGAUCGUGCUCUUUCGGAUAUUGAUUGCGAGAACAAAGUUGGGACGCUGGAAGGUUGCUUUCAAGAGUUUUGUGGAGGUGGACGACUUGAAUGUCAGACCAAUAGUACCGUACUCUAG